AUGUCGCUCUUGCAGUCGGCGCUGGAGUUCUUGGCCGGGCCCGGCUCCUUAGGGGCCGCCAGCCGGGACCAAAACGAUUUCGUGGGGCAGGUGGUGGAGAUGGGCGAGAUGAAGCUGCGGAUCAAGAAGGUCAUCGCCGAAGGUGGCUUUGCUUUUGUUUAUGAAGCUCAGGAUCUUGGCAGUGGGAAGGAUUAUGCUUUAAAGAGAUUAUUGUCCAAUGAAGAGGAAAAGAACAAAGCUAUCAUUCAAGAAGUCUGCUUCAUGAAAAAACUAUCUGGACACCCAAACAUUGUCCAGUUCUGUUCUGCUGCCUCCAUUGGAAAAGAAGAAUCGGAUACUGGGCAAGGAGAAUUUCUUCUGCUCACGGAACUUUGUAAAGGGCAGCUGGUGGAAUUUUUAAAGAAAGUGGAAUCUAAAGGCCCCCUCUCGUGUGAUACGGUUUUGAAGAUAUUUUAUCAGACUUGCCGUGCUGUGCAACAUAUGCACAAGCAGAAGCCUCCUGUUAUUCAUAGAGAUUUAAAGAUUGAAAAUAUGCUGAUAAGUAAUCAAGGAACAAUUAAAUUGUGUGAUUUUGGUAGUGCAACAGUUGUGACACAUUACCCUGACUAUAGCUGGUCUGCACAAAGACGGGCAACUGUUGAAGAUGAGGUCACAAGGAACACGACGCCAAUGUAUAGAACUCCUGAAAUUAUAGAUUUGUAUUCAAACUUUCCAAUUGAUGAAAAGCAAGAUAUAUGGGCCUUGGGUUGCGUCCUCUACUUGUUGUGCUUUAUGCAACACCCAUUUGAAGAUGGAGCGAAGCUUCGAAUAGUCAAUGGAAAAUACUCCAUCCCACAGAACGACACAAAAUAUACUGUGUUUCAUGAUCUUAUACGUUCUUCUUUGAGGGUGAAUCCAGAAGAGAGGCUGUCCAUUACUGAGCUUGUCAAUCAGCUGCAGGAGAUUGCAGCUGCUAGAAAUGUGAAUCCAAAGUCCCCUAUCACAGAGCUUCUUGAACAAAAUGGGGGCUAUGGGAAUUAUGCUCAGCCUAAGCCAUCUUCAGCAUUGGUGCCACAGAACUCAAAACCUGCUGGUCAGCUUAACAAUAUAUAUAAUGCAGGGCUGAUAGUGGCAGAAUGUGACCAGUCUUCUAGUGGGUUCUUUGAUAUCCUUCGAGGUGGGACUGAAAGAUUUUUCACGAAUAUCAAGGAUACAUCUUCAAAAGUUAUUCAGUCUGUAGCCAAUUACGCAAAAGGGGAUUUGGAUCUAUCAUACAUUACAUCCAGAAUUGCUGUGAUGUCAUUUCCAGCAGAAGGUGUUGAGUCUGCUAUAAAAAAUAAUAUAGAAGAUGUGCGGCUGUUCUUGGACUCAAAACAUCCUGGACGCUAUGCUGUCUACAAUCUGUCUCCAAGAUCGUAUCGGCCCUCCAGAUUUCACAAUAGGGUAUCUGAAUGUGGUUGGCCGGCUAGGCGUACACCAAACCUUCAAAACCUUUACAGCAUCUGUAAGAACAUGCAUUCGUGGCUGAAGCAAGAUCCAAAGAAUGUUUGCAUUGUGCAUUGCCUUGACGGAAGAGCAGCAUCGGCAGUUGUUGUCUGUUCUUUCCUAUGUUUCUGUCGCCUCUUCACCACAGCUGAAGCUGCCGUUUAUAUGUUUAGUAUGAAACGUUGUCCUCCCGGCAUUUGGCCAUCGCAUAAGAGAUAUAUUGAAUAUAUGUGUGACAUGAUGGCAGAUGAGCCCAUUAUUCCUCACAGCAAGCCAAUCCUCAUAAAGUCAAUCAUCAUGACUCCAGUUCCUCUCUUCAGCAAGCAGCGUAACGGCUGCAGGCCUUUCUGUGAAGUUUAUGUUGGAGAUGAAAGAAUAACCACUACCUCACAAGAAUAUGAUAAAAUGAAGUAUGAUCUGGAUGCCUGCGAUAUUCAGGAGAAGUAUCCUGACUUGUUUCAAGUGAAUCUAGAAGUAGAAGUAGAGCCACGAAAUAAGCCCAUCACGGAACGAGCUCCCUGGGAUAACUUGAACAUUAAAGGUCUAAAUCCCAAGAUCCUUUUUUCCAGCCGCGAAGAACAGCAAGAGAUUUUAUCGAAAUUUGGUAAGCCUGAACUGCCUAGGCAGCCGGGAUCAACUGCCCAAUACGAAGCAGAGGCAUCAACAUCAGAAGCCUCUUCUGAAGGCCCACCUGUCGAGCCAGACUCUCCAGAGAGCAGCUGUGCUGAGGCAAACUUCUUUCAUACACUAGACUGGCAAGAAGGAAAACAAUCUGAAACUGCUCCUGAAGGUCCCUUUUCUCAAGAGAGUCUUGGGUGCGUUGAGGAAAAGGAGGAGAAUGAACCUUCCGACGAGGAAUUCUCCACCUUCCCCAGCGAUGUUAGACCUUCUGAGGAUAGGGAGAUGCGCCUCCUGGAACAGAAACAUGGCAAGCAUUUUUUUGAAGCUGGCUUUGACAUACCAGCUGAUCAGUCAGAAGAGACUCCUGAAGAAGGUAGCAUUGACUUGCUUGGGCUUGAUUCAGAGGCUGCUCCCGAACUGCUCCAGCCUCCGACAGAGAUGAAGAGUUCUUCCAGCAACGCAGACUUGCUGAAUGGACUCUUCGUUAGUAGCACUCCAGAAAUUUCAGAAGAUUCAACUGCAGACCUCCUGGGUGGAGGAGCAGACUUUUUCUUUGGUGGCCAGCCCCAGGCCUCAGCAAAUUCCCAGGGCAACAGUUCCUCAACAGCAGCCCCUUCUUCUUCUACAGCCGACCAGUUUGACCCAUUCACGGUCAGUGCAGACAGUCCAACUCUUACCGGUCCUGAUCUCUUUGGUGAUUUUCUUAGUUCAAAUGCACCAACUGCACCUGCUAUGUUUCCUUCCACACACAGUGCACCGCCUCCUUCCUCUAGCACAGACUUCCUUAACUUGGGCAAUUUGGCCCCAGAGCCACCUAAAAUAACUUCUUCAGCAAGCCAGCCAGACCUUUUAGGGGGUUGGGAUUCUUGGACUGACACCACUGUCCCAACAGCACCCAAGAAAUCAACUUUGGAAGGCCCAACUUUCACAACAGGAGGGCCACCAAGUGGCUCCUUGGGUCAUUCCUCCAAUCAAGCAAAAUCGCAGAAUUCGGAUCCUUUUGCUGACCUUGCAAACUUGAGAACUGGCCUUCCAGGAACAUCUAGUGGAGGAUUCUCAGCUGGCAGUUUUGCUUCCAAGUCAACUCAAAAACCAGCGGGGGCUCAGUGGCAAACAAGCAAGCCACAAACCACCAGCACUUCAUGGCAACCUUCACCCCAGCCCAAACCUCCGGAACAAGCCAAGUUGGGCACACAACCCAAACCCAACUACACUGUGAAUUUUAGUGUAAUUGGAGGACGGGAGGAGAGAGGUAUCCGAGUUCCUGGCUUUGGACACAAACCCAAAGUUUCAGAAAAUGAUUUUGAAGACCUCUUGUCAAAUCAAGGCUUUUCAGCAAAGUCUGACAGAAAGGGACCCAAAACAAUUGCUGAAAUGAGAAAGCAAGAACUAUCUAAAGAUAUGGAUCCUCUAAAAUUAAAGCUUCUAGACUGGAUUGACGGAAAAGAGAGGAAUAUAAGAGCUUUACUCUCUACUCUUCACACUGUGCUUUGGGAAGGUGAAACCAAAUGGAAGCCAGUUGGGAUGGCAGACCUGGUUACCCCUGACCAGGUGAAAAAGUACUAUAGAAAAGCAGCGCUUGUCGUUCAUCCAGAUAAGGCUACGGGGCAGCCUUAUGAGGACUAUGCCAAAAUGAUCUUCAUGGAGCUGAACGAUGCGUGGUCAGAAUUUGAAAACCAAGGCUCAAAAUCCCUUUUUUAAGAAACUCUCUCUUGCAAGGGAGUUGACUUCAAAAUGCACUGGCAGCAAAACUGAAUCUCGAGUGCUGCAGCGUAACCUCCUGAGUUGGAGGGGGGGGCAGAACAACUUUCCCUGGUCUUGCACAAUUUUAAACUGUACACGCCGCAACCCAGUGUGUAUUUGUAGGCGAUAAAAUGUGAAACUUCGCAAAGAUGGCAUUCCCAUCAGCGCUGGGAAGUUUGUGUUGUGGAAGUGGCAAGUUUCAGGCUAUGUUAGAGAAGGUUGAAUGCACCAGUAAUUCUAAUAAUGGCUGCUGGCGUGAGCAAAAUUUUGCUAGUGGGAACAUCAACUAUUUUGCAUCUUGAUUUUUUUUUUAACUUUUCCAUUUGAAAAACACAAAACCUCAAUUUGCAUUUCUGUUUUAUUUCCCAUGUAGUCUUUGUGAUUUUUUUCCCCCCUUUUGUUCCUUGUUUGCCUUAUUUAAGUGCUUUUGUUACCCGGUAGUCUGUGAGUUCACUCAACAUCAUUUUUUCUCGUUUCUGUUAGAGGUGUACAUUUUUCUUCUGUAUUUUAUGUAAUCCUUCCAAUGAUCAUUCUGUAAAUAAUUAAAAUAGUUUUCUGACAACACCUGUGUUCCUUACACUGCAUCACCAAUUGCUUAGCCAAAAGCUCUUCCAAUUGAAGAAAGAAGUUGGCUUGGGUAAAUCUUGGGUUUGUACUACUUCCUUUAAAAAAAAACAAAAACCCUUGUAAACUGUAAACAAAGAAGCAGAGCUCAAGGGCUGUGUGGUCUUGCCUUAUUUAUUACAAUAUUCUUGGAGGCAAGACAGUU